AUGGCUAAGGAAGCAGCUUCGGAGUCGACCCGCCAAUGGUGGAUUGACAAGAGGCGUACCCUAGGAACGUCAGUUAAAGACUUUCUAUGGGGCUACAGCCACGCCAAGCGCUAUUUGAAGGCUGGUCAUGCCCCCACACCGCACCACCGGUGUACGAUGGGCAUCAGAGCCGAUCCUUCCUGCCCCUGCGGCUGGGACAACGGAGAUGUGAAGCACUUAUUACGAGACUGUCCUUUAUUGGACGGUGCCCGACGCGACUCGAAGCUUUCGCGAGUUCUGCCGAAGGCGAAUUACAAGAUGAUCCUCGACCGUCGAUAUCGUCCUUCCCUACUGAAGAUGGCGAAGCUGACCUUCGAGUGGCUGAAGAAUCUCCGAGAAGCGGAGACUCAGCCUUAG